GCUUGCUUGCUUGGGAAUCCGGGGAGGCGCUGCUUCCGAGUCUGCUUGCUCCUAGCCGGCAGCUGCCAUGGAUGCUGCAGCAGCUCUGCACUGAGUGGCUUGGCGUGGCUCCUGCUUCCACCCCCCAUGCUUCCCUAAGGGCGGCGGGCGAGAGCAGCAGCAGCAGCAGCAUGGCUCCGACACUGCUUCAGAAGCUGUUCAACAAAAGGGGCGGCGGCAAUAGUAGUAGUAGCAACAACUCGGGUUCUCCCUCUUGUAGAGCUCCGAAGGAAGGGCCGGGGAUCAGAAGGAACCUUAUUGCUAGAAAAUACUGAGCCAUAAUGGAGAAAACCUUAGUUGUGUCAUAAAAGCAUGCUGGAUGUUUUGAAGAAACUAUGGAUGCAUCUGUAUGAGAGGACACCAGAAUUCAACAUGUGUGGUGGUACGCCAAAGACUUCAAACAACCCAGGAAACCAAACAGAGAGCACAAGGAAAAUUCAUAGUUCCUCUAGUAAACUGGUCAAUAGUUUUUCAAAGGCAAGGCUGAAAAAAGCUAAGAAACCACGCUGGGCAGAAAACAGCACCAAACAUUUAAACAGAGCUACUGAAGAAUUAUCCAACAGCUGGACAUGUUCAGGGUUUGACCUGAAUGAAAUCCGCUUGAUAGUAUAUCAAGAUUGUGAGAGGAGGGGCAGACAGAUCUUAUUUGACUCCACAGCAGUCCGCAAGAUCGAUGCGACAACUUUUCAGGAUGCCUCUGGAAAGACAUUUGGCAAGUGUGAUCAAACUAACAAUGGGACCAGUUCUGUUACUCCCUGCAGCCCUGUUCUGGACAGCAGGCAGCAUGCAAAGUGUGACCUUCCAAAGUACCAGUAUACUAGGCCAGCUUCUGAUGUUAACAUGUUGGGAGAGAUGAUGUUUGGUUCAGUGGCAAUGAGUUACAAAGGCUCCACACUGAAAAUCCACUAUAUACGUUCUCCUCCUCAGCUUAUGAUGAGUAAAGUAUUCUCUGCCAGAGUGGGCAGUUUUUGUGGAAGUACAAAUAGUUUGCAAGGCAGCUUUGAAUACAUCAACCAAGAUCCUAAUGUAGCUAGGCUGAACUCGAAUCCAAAUGGUUUGGGCCCCUGUCGUAAUGGAAAUUAUCUAGGUGUGUUACAGCUGUGUAGCAACAAACUGCUGCAUGGUGUGUCUGAAGGGGGGUCACUCCGGCUCAUUCGGAGUGCUUCUUUUUUCACAGCACAUAGUACACCUGUUGACAUGCCUAGCAGAGAUCAGAAUGAAGACAGAGACAGUGGCAUUGCUCGUUCAGCGUCUUUGAGCAGUCUCUUGAUGACUCCACUGCCAUCUCCGAGCUCCUCUUCUAGUAGCUACCAGCGCCGCUGGCUCCGAAGUCAAACAACAAGUUUGGAAAAUGGCAUUAUUCCAAGGUGGUCAACCGAAGAGACAUUCAACAUGGCAGAUGAAAGUUGUGGCCUCAACCCUGCAAUGAUUCGAAGAAAGAAGAUAGCUCUCAGCCUCAUUUUCUCUCUGCCAGAAAAGGAAGCGGCCCAGAGGGAUUUUCAGGACUUCUUCUUCUCUCACUUUCCUUUGUUUGAAUCACAUAUGAGCAAGCUGAAGAGCGCGAUUGAAAUGGCUAUGAUCACCUGUAGAAAAAUAGCAGAAACUAGCCAAAGAGUUCAAGUUUACAUCAGCCGUGUCAUGGAGGCCCUGAGUGAAUUCAGAGUUACAGUCUGGAAUUUGUACUCGGUUCCAAGAAUCACAGAGCCUGUGUGGCUUACGAUGAUGUCUGGUGCUUCAGAAAAGGGCCAGUUAUGCCAGCACUUCCUUAAGGAAUUCACUGUUCUGAUAGAACAGACCAGCAAAACCCAGUUCUUGGCUGCUUUGUUAACUGCUGUGCUGACCUAUCACCUGGCCUGGGUCCCCACUGUGAUGCCGGUCGACCAUCCCCCCCUCAAGGCCUUAUCUGAGAAACGAGCUUCUCAAUCGGUGAACAUGCUGGGGAAAUCACAUCCUUACAAUCCACUUUGGGCACAGCUUGGUGACUUGUAUGGUGCUGUAGGAUCUCCUGUCAGGAUGACACGGACUGUGGUGGUUGGCAAACGUAAGGAUUUGGUUCAGCGUAUACUCUACGUUCUCACCUACUUCAUACGGUGCUCUGAGCUACAAGAUGACCAACUGACCUUGAAUGGGAAUGUCAGUGAAGAAGAACAAACCCUGAAUGGAUGUAAAAUCACAACAGCUCUGGAAAAGGGAGAUGUUGAGGAAUCUGAUUAUGUGGUAGUCACUGUAAGAAAGGAAACUGCUCUUGUGCCUCCUCUUCUGCCCCAUAAAAUUGCACGUCAUACCUCUGUGGAACAUGAAAGCUGCGUUGAGCCUUCAAGUUUGAAAGAAAACCAAGAAGGACUGGAUGUUGAGCAGAGUUUUGAGGUAUCUUCCGGUUUGUCCAAAACAGGGUCUCCUAAAGGAAUUAUGGAGGAAGUUAACAAGGGUAAAACCAUGGCCAAUUCAGAAGCUGCAUUUGGAGGGUGUGCUAAAUUAGAGGACUUAACCAUAGAAAUAAAUGAUGGCGACCACUGCAAGGAAAGGGAGCAGCUGCUUGGCAGUACCUCUUCGUCGCAGUUUCCUGUGAGGGUUGACCAGAGGUGCCCUCACUCAGAAAAAGUUACCUUCCAAAUUGGAAGCUCCACCUCACCAGAGUCUGAUGUAGAAGUCCAAAGAAAGGAGAUAAGUGAAUCUCUAGGGAAACACUGGAGUAAAAGCAAAUCUCCGUGCAUGGUGCCAGACUUCUCGUAUAAGCCACGUUCCAGACAGAAAGCGAGUAAAACACGAGCACAAACUGCACCUCGAGUAUUAGGUCAGCUGUCUGCCCUUUCUGACAGCAAAAUCAAAAGCCUACAUUCAGGAAAACUGGAGGAAGCUAAAACUACAUGCUAUGAAAGGCCAUCAAGUGGUUCUCUUCCCUGUAAUGCCAAGAGUUCUACUGAUGGGCAUGUUUCUGACCAAGUGGUUAUUGAGGAUGUCCCCUGUGGGGAUGCUAAAAGAAACCAUCCUUUCAGAACAGAGGAGAACAUUCCUAGAAAUGAGAGCUCAGACAGUGCCCUGGGAGAGAGUGAUGACGAAGGCAGUGCCUGCAGUCCAGAUGUGCAACCUCAGAGCUUGAUCGCUGAUAGGCCUGAGGAUCUCUCAGAAGUGGAACUUGUUUUGCCCAGAUCCAGCACAAUAAGUAAUAAAAGUGUGAAACAUUUUGGACGAUCGCUCCUGGGGGGCUAUUGUGCUUCAUAUAUGCCUGAUCUUGUAUUACAUGGAAUAAGUAAUGACGAGCAACUCAAGCUUCAUUUACCAGCUGAUUUGUGUCAUUCAGUAAAUCAUCCAGUACUAGAUGAGCCCAUUGCAGAAGCUGUUUGCAUUAUUGCUGAUACAGACAAAUGGACUGUGCAGGUGGCCACAAGCCAGAAAAAAGCAAUGGACAACAUGAAGCUAGGGAAGGAUGUCCUGGUCUCCAGCCAAGUGUCUUCUUUAUUGCAAUCCAUUUUACAGCUUUACAAACUUAACCUUCCUGCCGACUUCUGUAUAAUGCAUCUUGAGGAUCGGCUACAGGAAAUGUACCUCAAAAGCACAAUGCUGUCAAAAUAUUUGCGAGGUCAUACAAGAGUUCAUGUGAAAGAGCUUGGAGUGGUAUUGGGGAUUGAAUCCAAUGACUUGCCUCUGCUGGCAGCUAUAGCAAGUACUCAUUCUCCAUAUGUUGCUCAAAUACUCCUCUAAGCUAUCGUCUUGAAGGAAAAGUUCCCCCAGCAAAAUGAAAGGACUUGGGGCACGGAACAGAUGCCAAGCAUGAAGAGGUGACAAAUGGAGGGCGGCACUGCAUUCUGUCGCUUAUCCAUUUUUGCAUUUUGUCUGGAUGCUUAUCAGUGGAAUUUCAGUUUACAUAACUUAUAAGACAUUCAGGGUUUUUAUAUUCUUUGUGGAGUAAGCUAAUCAAGAGUGCAUCUUUAUAUUUUAAUGGACAAAAAGAUUAAACACUACUGAAACAGAUCUAUCAACAGAACUCUUCAAGUAUGGUUUUCCUAUUGUUGCAUUUGUCAGUGUCUUGUUCUUUUGAAUUUUUCAAAUGGGAAGCUAUUAGCAAUUGUAUCCCUAAGCAUUCCUAUGCUCUGUUCAGAUGGGACAUGAUGAUUUGGAGCAUGUAUGCAUGCAUGUGCUUUUGUGUUGUACUACUUGCCUUCCUUGGAACAACAGAUUCAUCAGUUGGAGUAACUGGUCACACAGCUGGCUAGUUCAUAGAACAGAUAAAAGAAGCAGAUAGAACUGAAGCCGUUUUGGAUGGUGUUGCUGGAAAAGGACAUUUUGGACCCAUACAAUAUUGCAUCAGCUUGGAAUUAAAAUGGCCUUUUGAAAUUGGGGGAUGCUUCAGCAGCCUGGCAUAAUUUCUGUGGCCAGGUUUCCCUGUUGCAAAUGCAACAUCUUGAAUUUCAGUUUUCUGGCGUUAGUAAAAUGUAGGUCAAGCAUCUUACUUGUAUAAGCAACUGAAAGAUGGGUUUGAACCAGAAGAACCAGCAUAGUAAACAUAGCAUAAAUCCCAGCAAAUUUAUUUUAAUGCAUAACUGCUUCAUUGCCCUACGAAUUGGAGAUCAUUCUUUCGCAGCACUUUAGGCAGGAACAGCUUGUUAAGUGAAUGAAUGGAAUGUGCAGACAAAAUCCCAGCGAGGGUAUUGGGGGUGGCCAUAGAAACAGUGACAGCAACGGUUUAUUAUGACUAAAUACACAAAGCGAUCCCACAGAAUGGUUUGCACUAGCCUCUCCGUGCCUUCAGUCUUGUAUGUCUUAAUCAGAAGUUUCUCUUUCAGAAUUAAAUUAGAAAUCAAUCGUAUUCGCCUCAUUUUCUGGACUGUUGUGCAACUAUAUCAGUCUUGUAUUUCAAGCAUAGGUUUUACUUUCAGGAGGCUCAGUGUAAAUGCUAGGGAUGCAGAUUACUAGAAUAAGGAAGUGCAAAAAUCCUCAUUUGAAAAAGCCCCCCAAUCAGCACAGUGCUUAAAUUAUGCAAUUGUCACAGUGUGAUCUCUGUCUGAGAAUGAAAAUGUUACAUGGAAGUGGAAAAGAAAUCUAUGGUAACCACAGUGAAGUGGUACCUGCAGUUUGAUGCCAUGUCUUCUAAAUACCAGUUUACUAAUGUAAGACUUCUUUGUUCAAGGCUCAUCACGGUUUUCCAUUUUGUCUCCUUUUUCCUUCAUUCUUUCCUUAUUUUUGUGACUACUUAAUCAUACAGAUCCGGAUUCAGGCAUCUCUGUUACAGAUGCUGCUAUAGAUAUAUACCAGCAUUGUUUCCCUUCCAAGCCCUACAAUUCUUCUUGUCAUCAAUUAGCCUCAAAAAUCAAUUUCAAGCAGACCUUAUUGUUCUAAAUUGACAGUCUCCAUUUUUGUAGAAAGGGUUCACGCUGGCUUUAAAAUUCCUGCUGUUUUCUCAUAUUGAUGUCAAGGGAUGAAAUAUCUUUGCAGUCUUUAAAUUAUCAUCUUGUACACAUUUUGUGAGGGGAUGUCUUUCCAGUAAAUGCUUCCUUACCUCAGAAUAAAUUUGACAGAUUAUUCUUCAAAAUUCACACACUGGGACAUGACCCUAAAUUCAAAUUGUAUCACCAAGUAGCUUUAUUCUGUAUUUAAGAAAAAAAAAAGCCCCCCCCCCCCCCCCGCCAAAAAAAAAUACUACCUCAGUUGACAGGAUAGCUUACCAGUAGGUGCCUGCUUUAAGUUUGUGCACCUGUUGAAUUUUCUGCAUCAUUGGGCUGUAGCAUUGACAGAGCAAAGUUGUACCAGUGACUGUCAUGACUUUUUAUUGCCAUAGUUUAGUUUUAUUAAAUAGUCUAAAAGUGUUGUUGAAUGUACACAGGAAACAUUUAAACUGACAUUGAGAGAAAAGCUUGUCUUAAAUCAUCAUGAUUCCAAAGACUUUUUAUUGUUUCUUUUCUUUUCUCUUUUUUUGGUAUUUUAACAGUAUUUCUGAGUGGAGGCAAAUUUCCAUGGACCACGGUUUGUAACUUAAAACUAAAGUGGUUUUUUUUUUCCAAAAUGAUUUUAAAUACUUAUAAACAUAGGCAGAAAGGGGGGGAAAGGAUAUUGGUAGUUUAUCAUUUUUUACACUAUAUGGUAUUUUAAUGCAAUCAAAUGAUAAUAAUUGCUGCCUAGCAUUCAUAAAAAAAAUUGACCUGAAAUAGUGGGCAUUUUUGUCAUUCUAGAAGCCCCCCCCCCCCCCAAUUCCAUUUCCCAACCAACUGAUAGCUACUGUGAUAUAAUUAGGUGUCCAUUCCUUUAAAGAGAAGUUGCAUUUUAUAGUGUUGUAAUUAUUUCACAAGGUGUGUCAGUGGACCACAUUAUCUGGAUUAGAGGAAGUAACAUGUAAACUAGACCAGGGAAGAUGUAUGCGUUAUACUGCAGCAUGUUUUCAGAGAGGAAUAGUGAGUAAUGUGUGUUUGAAUGAGUACCAGUGUCAAACUGUGGAAACCUCUUACUUGGAGCUCUUAAUGAACAGUAUCAUUUGUGUCCAUUUCUUUGUGGCAUUGGUGCAAUAAAUUUUAUGAAUUCA